AUGAUGCCAGCAAUGGGCAGCUCCGAUGUCGGAAGGGAGACGUUGUCUGGGAAGCUUUGGAUUGCAAAGUCAUCGCCAUGUGUCGAUAUGCCUUUACAGCUUUUGGGUACUGCGGCGAGGAUGCAGCUGAUGUAUUGGAACACACCCAAGACAACAAAUAUUCAGAACAGCGGCCGCGAACGAGGACAUGGGCUGUGGAAUCCAUGCUGGGUGAAGACCAAAAGCAGCGAGCCCUUGCUGCGCUCUGUGCUUCUCUUCCGCCACGGCCUGGCAAGGAUAUCUUCGAAUGAGAUAGAAUUCGGUGGUGCCCAAUGUCAGCUGAAGCCUGGGCUUGAAAGUUCCCUGGACGAAGUGUAUGAAAUCAGGAAGCAGCUAUCUGAUCAGGCGGAUGCGCUCUUGGACAAAGUUGCAUCUCGAGAUGAAAGUGCAGGGCCUGAUUCGGACUUCGGCUUUACUGAUGAAGUGAUUCUGCGUGCUUUGAACUUCCUAGGGUCGCCGAAAGGUGAUUUCCUAGUUGGCAUGGAGGAGUGUGUUGCAGGCUCGGAUGGUGCCGCCGAAGAAGUGGGGCUUGGUAUUCUCACGUUGCUUGGCCGGACAGACGCAGCAAGCGUCUGCGGAGGUCAUGAUGGGCAAGCUACAGCCGUACAAAAAUCGGGCGGAUACAAGGAUGCUCUGAGUGGCAGGAUGGUACCGACUGCUAGACCCUGGCUCCGCGUGGCGUUGGGAAGAGAUGACGCUGGAGUGAAGGAAGAAGACAAAACUAAAGAGCCUCAGGAGGUCAAGGCCAAGGUGGAGACAACACCUGAGCCUGAGCCCGAUUCGAAAAGGGAGAGAGAAGUCCAAGUGGUCCAGCUCAGUGAGGAGCGCUGCAUCGAGGAUUGGGCAACCGGCAUGGUGCAGGCAGCGCUGCUGGCGGUGCUGAAGCGCCGUGCCGCAGCGGCAGAGGCCUUCGAUGUGGCGGCCCGGCUCAAGGCGCGGGAGCUGGGUGCCCAAGCUGUGACCUCAGCUGGCCGUGAACGCGCGCUGCAGCUGCUCGCUGCAUCUAAGCUGGCCUCUGUGGAGCAGUUACAUGUUCGGAAGCGCAAAGCCGUGGAGUUGGAGGACUACGAGCUUGCUGGCUCCAUCAAGCGAGAGGUUGCCGUUCUGGAAGCUGAGAUCCAAGCAGCAAAUACAGAUGAGAUGCUGGGGCGUGUCCGGGAACAGGCGGUGCGAAUAGCUGCUGCGCCCAAGCAUCGGAAGCGGCUCCUGAAGGCCGCUGGCGCUGAUGCCCUGAGAGUAAGCGGAGGGAGCGAAGGUGACCUUUGGGAAGAGGUGGGGCGAAGACUCCGCACUGAAGCCUCCGGGGACAAAAACUCGCCUCAAAGCGACGGCCUGUAA